CGGCACUUGCUAUAGUUCAUUAGUCUUUUUUGUCAAUAUAAAUAAUCUUCAUAUUAUAAUCAAGCUAACUUACGUAUAUUGUCAAUUAGUUUGUUCUUUUCUUAUUCUAUAAUAUAUAUAUCUUGAAAUAAAGUGUAAAAUUCACGGAACAUCAUCAAACUUUAAAAAAAUAGGAAAAAAACUUUUUUUGUCAUCGCGGAGUCGGAGCGGAGUCAGAGCGGAGCGCUUCGUAAGGACGGUCGAGCUGGAGCGGAGUCGGAGCGAAUGUUUUGCAGUGAGACUGGAGCCUGGAGCGGAGUCGGAGUGGAGCGGUUCGUAAUUAGCUGGAGCUAGAGCGGAGCUGGAGCCAAAAAUGGUCGGAGCGGCCCAUCUCUGAUCAAUACUCUAAAUUUCCAUUGUACAUACUUAAUUGAAUGAUCAGAUAGAAUUUUUGAGUACAUGAAAUAGGAUAUUCUCGCAGAUAAAUUCAUGAACUUCACAAUAUGCCAAAAGUUCUGUCUAAUGCAUUGUAUAGAAAUGUAUCAUCUACAAGGGUCCCUCAAAUGUGGCUAGUACAUAUCCAGUUUAUUCUAACUAAUUUAUAAGAAUAUUAUAAAUAGAUCAGUGUAUAUCAGAGAGUUUUUCUAUAGAUUAAGUUUGAAGAGACUGACUAGCAAGACAAUUCGAGCACCGUUCCUGUCACGAAUGCAUGUAUCCACUGUUGGACGUUAAGCCACUUAGUUGCUGAAGAUAUUUCGAUUGUAAAGCUAUCAAAUUGAGCGUUAAUCGAAAAUACUCUCGAUUUUGCCAAAAAAAUCUUGAAUUUAUUGUAUAAAUAUGCUGUUGAAAAGCAAAGAGGAAGUGCCUUCAAGGACACAUUUUGGAAUAUAUACCUAUGUAUACGGUAUACUUCUGUCAACGUGUUUCAAAUGUGUUCUGUAACACGGUACAAAUUGAAAAUGGUACAUUUCGGCGCACGCUUUUAAUACAGUGUGUACGUCAAGUUUUUCUAUUUCUUAAACAAUGAAAGUGUGAAAAUAUCGUUCACAUAGUAUUUUACACAAAAUAAAUAUUCAGGAUUUUGUUUUUUUUCAAAAAUUUUUUUUACCAAAGUUACCAUCUUUUGCUCGACUUCUAUUGUUAAAAUUAAAGACUCACAUACGAACAAAUUUGUUUUCUUUCUAGAAAGACAUAGUCUUCUGCUCUAUUUUAAUCUUUCGUGAAGAGGACAAUAAAUAUUAGCUCUAUAAAAUAUUGCUUUCUACUUUUUAGUUGAUGGUCAAGUAAACCGUCCACAAUUUCGUUCAUACAUUAAAUUUAUGAAAUCAUCAACAAGUUAUACAAUUUACGAAAUUGAUGUUAGUCAAUCUGAAUAUGUCACGUAUAAACAGGACACGCUUAAUUUUUAUACAAACGACACGACAUGGAGUGAAGGCCAACAAUAUUAUAUCACAUUUGACGAAGGAGUACUGUACUCAAAUCAAAUACAAAACUCAACAGUUCAAUAUGAUCAAAAUUUUUGGAAAUUUCGUGUGAUUGAUGCACAAGAAGCACAUUUUAGAUUUAGACGAGCUGCUUCUGAUGACAGUUCAAGUACUUAUAUACCUGGUACGAUGACUAGUUUAAUAUUAGAUACUCUGACAAGUUCUCAAAUGACACCAGUUAGUAAUACUACUAAUAUGUUUGAUACAACUUCUAACGUCGAUUAUUCUUACUCCUCCCAUUACACAUUCUCAUCUAGUGAUAAUUACUCAAAUUUAUCAAUAUCUACAAGUGGAACACCAACAAUACGAGGUGAAUCACCACCGACAAUGUCUUCUCAACUUGGCAUGGGUUUAGGGAUUGUGUUUUGUGCUGUUGUUAUUGCCGGUGAAGUGGUAUAUUUUAAAUUUUUUUAUCGUAAACACAAUUGA